AUGUCGAGUAAUAUAACUUCGUCAUCAUCGUAUAUACGAAGUGACUCGAAGAAAGACCCAAGGUAUUCCAAGGAUAUCAUAAUACCAGCAAAGCCCAACGACUAUGAAGCGCUUUUCAAAAAAUUGGAUGUUGAAGAAACCGGUUAUAUUACGUUUCGAGAUUUUACCAAAGCCAUGAAAAGAUUGAACCACCCUAUUUGCGAGAGUCCCGAGAUGAUGAAAAACAUAUUUGAGUCAUUUGACGGAGGCGAGGGUAAGGUGAUUGACUUUUACGAUUUCAAAAAAUAUUUAAGCACUACCGAUGACCAAAUACUAAAAGGAUUCAAUAAGAUUGAUGAGGACAAUGACGGUAAGUUGAAAAAAGCAGAUUUUGUAAAGUACUUAAAGGAUCAUUUGAACUUGAAAGCUAGCGAUGUUAAUGUUGAUUUGUUAUUCAAGCAAAUUGAUUAUAAGAAUGACGGAUUUAUCACAUAUGAUGAAUUUCGAGAUUUUCUAAUAUUGAUGCCUCGCUUAAAUGGUUCGCGGAUAAAAACGGCAUAUACUUUUAUUAUGGAGGAAUUCGAUGUCAGUUCAGAUGGUGAUGUGACACCUGUAAGUCAUUUUCUCAAUGGGUUUGGAUUCUUUUUGGCUGGGGGAUUAGCAGGAGUUGUUUCAAGAACAUGCACUGCACCAUUUGAUAGAAUAAAAGUGUUUUUAAUUGCACGAACAGAUCUAACGUCCACUAUCCUUCAUUCGAAAAGGGAAAUUGCUCGGGAAAUUGCUUCAGGCGCACAGACACAUGUCAUUGAAGAGUUGCGAAAGAAACUAGCACAUGCAGAAAUGGAAAAGCACAUUCAACUGACUCAGGCAACAACCUUGAGAGAGAAAACCAUUAGAUCCCCAAUUGUGCAAGCUGCUAGAACUAUUUGGAAACAAGGUGGUGUUAAAGCGUUUUAUGUAGGGAAUGGAUUAAAUGUGUUAAAAGUGUUUCCCGAAUCAGCUAUCAAGUUUGGUUCAUUUGAAGCGGCAAAGAGAUUUUUUGCUCGAAUCGAAGGCGUUGAUGAUGCAGCCCACAUUUCAAAAAUAUCUACAUACCUUGCUGGUGGUGUUGGUGGUGUUGCUUCACAAUUUGUCGUUUAUCCAGUUGAUACCUUGAAGUUUAGAUUACAAUGUUCAAAUUUGGAUAGCUCUUUGAAAGGAAACGCCUUAUUAGUACAAACAGCAAAGGAUUUAUUCCAAGAAGGUGGCCUUCGAAUAUUUUACAGAGGCUGGAUGGCUGGUGUAAGUGGGAUCUUUCCCUAUGCAGCAUUGGAUCUAGGAACUUUUUCAACUAUAAAAUCCUACUUGAUUAAAAAGGAGGCAUUGAAAUCGGGAGUAUCAGUGGAUGAGGUGAAGUUGCCGAAUUAUGUGGUUUUAUUUUUGGGUGCGUUAUCCGGCUCAUUUGGUGCUACGGUAGUGUAUCCAAUUAAUUUGCUUCGAACAAGACUACAAGCUCAAGCAACUUAUGCUCAUCCAUACACUUACAAUGGUUUUUUCGAUGUCUUGCAAAAGACAAUAGCUAGAGAAGGUUACCCAGGUUUAUUUAAAGGUUUGGUUCCAAACUUGGCAAAAGUUGCGCCAGCAGUAUCGAUCUCAUACUUUGUCUAUGAAAAUUUAAAGAAUCUAUUUGGUUUACACAAUAGUGUAUCGAAAUAA